UCUUGUUCGAGUUUCAGUUUUGUAAGUUUCUUUUUUUUGCUCCCCAAUACAGUGCUACAGGAGGGAGGGUGUUUUUUGUUUUGUUUUGUUUUGUUUUGUUUUGUUUUGUUUUUGGCGCUGAGGAAACAGACUUUGAAAGAGUAAAUGAUGUGAACAAGGUCACGUAAGUGAAAAAUGCCACGAACUCGUCUGUGGAUAAGAGAGGAAACAAGAAUGUUGGGGGCCAUACAAAUAAUUACUGGUAUACUUCUUGAUUGCCUGGGACUGCUCUGGAUGUAUUUGUUUUUCACACAAAUUUUUGCAUUUGGAGCCACAUAUACUCCUAUUGCAUUACUAACAGCAUACCCAUUUUGGUCAUCCUGGCUUUUUAUCUUCUCGGGAGCCUUUACAGUAUUGUUAGAAAAGAGACGUUCACCAUUCUUGGUGUCUUACGCUUUAGUAGUAAACAUCAUAAGUGCCUGUAUUUCAGUGAUUGGUCUGCUUUUACUAUCAAUUGAGUUUAUAAAAUAUAGUAAAAGUUCAAAAAAUCCUCUUUGGCCACAAGUAAGUACCAGAAAACUGGUAAACUCCUUUCGGAAUAUCUGUUCAUAUUAACCAUCUUGGAGUUGUCUGUCGCAAGUAUAGUCAUCCACUGGGCAUUCCAAGCAAAAUAUACAGGAAGAUAAAGAUGCAGUUCAUGGCAGAAGGACAUCCUUUUUCUACAUAUUAAAGAAACCAUCGGUGAGCUCAGUCAAGGACGAAAGUGUAGUGACCAAUGAAGAACUUCAUUCUGUUCA